AUGUCACUUUUCAAUCCCUGCACGCUCGCUACCGCCCUAUUGUUGGCACAGACAUUCGCUUUACCUGCUUCCAACUCCAAAUCAGCUCUCCUAGAGGAAAGGAACAUUUGUAAUGACGGAAAACUCGCUGCCGAAAAUCCCCGCGCAGCCUUCUUCAGAAAAACCGUCGACGGUUCUUGCUACACCAACUCCAGCAAAGUGCCAACCCCAAAAGAUGUUCCACUGAAGGUAGGCAUUAUUGGUGGAGGGGCCGCAGGUCUCUAUGCUGCAAUUCUGUUGGACUCGGUUGGAAUUGACUACGACAUCCACGAAGUAUCUGAUCGUAUCGGUGGGAGAAUUUACACCUACCACUUUGAUCAAGAGACUUGGGAUAAGUCGACACCCAACGACCCCGCAUACUAUGACUACUACGAUGUGGGAGCGAUGCGUUUCCCCCCCAUGCCCUACAUGGAUCGCAUCAUUGGCAACAAAUCUUGGAGUCUCAUUCCCUACAUCAAUCAACGGGUGCCCGAAAACAACAAAGUAGUUCAGAAGCAUUACAUAUUCCGGACGGAUAACACUUUUAGAAGAUUCAAUGGCGUCACUUCUCUGCUUCAGGACACUUCAUCGGCAUCUCCUGAUCGUUACGGCGUGCCCCUCUUCAACUCAACCUUCAACGCUCAGUCCGCAGGGGAUCUGUGGAGGAACCAAGUGAAGUCCAUGACCGAUAGUCUUUCGGCGGACUUCACUUCUGGUUUUAACCUGCUUAUGGAGUACGACUCCAAAACCGUGAGAGGUUUCCUCUUGGACCAGGGCUUUUCCAACAGCGAAAUCGACUGGCUGGAGACCGUGAACGACGCCACUGGUCACUACGACAUGAUGUCAAUGUCUCAGGCAGUCUUGGAGCAAUGGAUCUUCGACAGCGCCGAUAUUGACAAGUGGACCCUCAUCAACGGCGGUAUGGACAUGCUCACCAAGGGCAUGAACCUCGUCGUCAAGAACAAGCCGGUCCUUCGCAACAGGGUUACAGACAUCAGGAAGAAUACCGAUGGCACGCUGAAAAUUGUCGUCAACGGUACUCAGGAGUACAGCUAUGCACAUGUCAUCUCGACUGUCCCGCUUGGGGCUCUUCAGGCGAUCAACAUGACUGAACUGGAUCUAAGCUACUUUGAAAACAAUGCGAUCCGCACCCUGAACUACGACCCCUCGUCCAAGGUCGGGUUCAAGUUCAAGACCCGAUGGUGGGAAAACCUCGCAACUGGUCCUUUUCAGGGCGGCCAGUCCUUCACCGACCUCCCCAUUCGUCGCUGUGUUUAUCCCUCCUAUGGAAUUGACUUGCCAAACGCGCCCGGAACGAUGAUUGCCAGCUACGUCUGGGGACAAGAUGCCUCCCGUUUGGGCUCCUACCUCAACCCGCACAACCCCACCACGCAGGCCCCUUACCAACCGGAGAGUGUCGACGUCAUGGUGGACGUGGUCCUGAAAAGUCUAGCGGAGCUCAACGGUGUGUCUCAUGAGUACCUUCUGUCGCAGUUCGAGGGAUACCAUGCGUACGACUGGUACGGAUCGGCCUACUCGAACGGAGCAUUCGCUAUCUUUGGACCGGGGCAGUUCAGUAGUACCCUCCCCUGGCUGAUGAGACCAGCCGCCGAUGGACACAUGCAUUUCGGGGGGGAGGCGCUUAGCUCUGGACACGCCUGGAUCAUCGGAGCCGUGAAUAGUGCGUGGAGAACCGUGUUCGAGAUUCUUGACACAGAAGGCUUGGAAGACAAGAAGAAGCAGUUUAUUGACCAGUGGGAUGUCAUUGAUGAGGUCGAUAUGGGUUGGUAUAACUGGUCGCCGGAGGGCCGGCCUUGA